AAUGCAUACCAAAAUUGACAGCCAUGAUGAUUUGAUUUUCAAGAAAUCUGAUACUAGUAAUAUAUAGUAAAUGUUAAAAACUCUUUUAUAUCAUUGACUGGUUUUCUUCAACAAAAUCAACACAAUUGAAAACGUGUUGCCAACAUUCUGCUUACCUACCUCUCCACCAUUUCUACAUUUUCUCCUAAGUUUCCCAAGAAUCUGUCUCUCUUCCUAGGACUUUUAUUCAUUAGACCAUUUCUUAAUUGACAAAAUUUUCAAGACCCCAACAGACAACAUAGGACAGUGUCUUAUCUUUGUGUUAUUAGUCUGAUGUGUCUGAAUUUGUAUGCCCAUAGAUAUUGUUCACCACAUUGGGAUUGGUACACUGAACCAUGGCUUUGAAAGCUGCCUGUUGUACUAAUCAGCAGCAUUGUUGUACUUAUCCUCAAUCUUUGAAAUUGGGUUAUGGGUCUAGGGGUUUUGGGUCAAGUUUCUUGAAUUUCAGGGCCCAUAGUAAAUGGGAAUGUUUGGUUGUGUUGUCUGAUAGAGCUAUUACUCCUGUUGAAGAUGAGGAGCCAUUGGCACCUGGGGUUGCUUCUCCUGGUACUGUUGAAGAGACUGAGAUCAUCCAGUCUAAAGGAUUUCACAGGGAUUUACAAUCUUUACCAAAACCCUUAUCUGCAACAGAUCCUUCGAGUGGUCACCGUGAUGGUUCAAAGGUGCGAGUUGCCUAUCAGGGAAUUCCAGGUGCAUAUAGUGAGGCAGCUGCGCUUAAAGCAUACCCGAAAUGUGAAACUGUCCCAUGUGAUCAGUUUGAGGCUGCAUUUAAGGCAGUUGAAUUGUGGUUAGUAGACAAAGCUGUACUCCCAAUCGAAAACACAGUUGGUGGGAGCAUCCAUCGUAACUACGAUCUACUCCUUCGGCACAGGCUGCAUAUUGUGGGAGAAGUUCAGUUGCUUGUUAACCAUUGCCUUUUGGGCUUGCCAGGAAUCAGGAAAGAGGAACUAAAGUGCGUCGUGAGCCACCCUCAGGCACUUGAACAAUGCAACGUCAUGUUAAAUAAGUUAGGCGUUGCAAGGGUCAGUAGUGAUGAUACUUCCAUUGCUGCUCAGAUUGUCGCAUCUGGAGGAAUGAGAGAUACUGGAGCAGUGGCAAGUGCUCGAGCUGCAGAAAUUUACGGGCUCAGCAUUCUUGCGCAAAGAAUUCAGGAUGAUCCAGAUAAUAUCACCAGAUAUCUGAUACUAGCAAGGGAGCCCAUAAUUCCUGGAACUGAUAGGCCAUAUAAGACAAGCAUUGUCUUCACUCUGGAAGAAGGGCCUGGGGUUCUAUUCAAGGCCUUAGCAGUUUUUGCUCUGAGAGAGAUCAAUUUAACGAAGAUUGAGAGCCGACCACAAAAGAAGCGCCCAUUAAGGGUAGUAGAUGACUCCAACAAAGGAAGUGCCAAGUAUUUUGACUACCUCUUUUACAUUGACUUUGAAGCAUCGAUGGCAGACCCUCGUGCUCAAUUUGCUCUUGGGCAUCUUCAGGAAUUUGCAAGAUUCAUUCGGGUUCUUGGCUGCUAUCCUAUGGACACAGAUUUAUAAUUCGUUACCUUCCAAAAUCAUGUUAUGUUGGGAAUUCAACUUGCAGAGGAGUUGCCCAACUUCAAAUUGUUGUAUGUGUAUUAUCCGCUGGGAAUUACCAGUCCCAUUGUUGUGCCUGCCCUGUGCUCUCAUAUUUUUUCCAUCUGCAUUUUAGAAGAUUUAUUGGUUCAGUUCACACCCACCCACACCCUAUUUUUCUAGGUUAGCUGUCUGCAAAUCUCAGGAUAGCAAUUAACCAUUGCUUCACCUGUAGCUUUUGUCCAAUGAGCAAAUUGUAACUCGUAGUCAUUGUUUAUCUACCUCAUUUAGAGCUUCCCCCUCUGCUGGGGAAGAGGAUGCGCUUGCUAAAUGUACCCAGAGAUAGUUUCCUGUGCCUUGUGUUAUACAUCUUUUAACUUCAACUA